ACUACACGCCCCCUUGACUGAUAACACACAUGAUAGCACGUAGGCACAACUUCUGAUAAUGGUUAAGUAACUAACUACUCAAUAACUACCAACAGCCUAGAGCGGAUGUUUUUUCCUACAAAUGGCUACCAUUGUCUUCUGCUCUGUCAACAAAACGGCUCGGACCACCGCAAGACGAUGUUUAAGUUCAUAUUCAAAAGGGCUUGCUAGUUCAGGAGAGUCGCCGUACAGCCAGCUUACGACGCUCCUUCCGAGUACAAGAUGGUUUUCCAGGGGCUCCAGCGUACGGUUCAUGUCCCAUGGGACCGCAGGCAGGGCCGGGGCCGGGAGAACCAGGAGGGGAGCCCUGCUCAGUGGAGCCGCAGCCGUCACAGCAGCAGCGGCAGUAGCGGGGUUUUUAGCCAACGCUAACCACUUCCAGCGGGCUGAAAUGGCAACGAAAGUAUCCCCAAUUUCUGAGGAGAAGGAACCCGAGGGGGAGAUCUUGGAGAGGUGCAGGGGGUUCAUGUCUCCUCCGGUGACCGACAUCGGUGAGCUGCAGGAGAGGAAAUGGGAGAUGAGGACCAGGAUGGAGAUGUUGAUCAUGCAGACGCAGGCCGACUUCUGCAAAGCCCUGGAGGUGGUGGACGGUGGGACGUUCAAGGUGGACCGGUGGCAGAGGAAUGAAGGUGGUGGAGGAAUCAGCUGUGUGAUGCAGGAUGGAAAGGUGUUUGAGAAGGCGGGGGUUAAUGUGUCCGUGGUGUUUGGAUACCUUACUGAAGAGGCUGCCAAGCAGAUGAGGAGCAGAGGGAAAGUGCUCAAAGGGAAAGAUGGUAAGCUGCCCUUUUGUGCCAUGGGUGUGAGCUCUGUUAUUCACCCCAAGAACCCCCAUAUGCCCACAGUGCACUUCAACUACAGAUAUUUUGAGAUCGAGGAGGAAGAUGGUUCUAAGCAGUGGUGGUUUGGUGGAGGCACAGACCUGACUCCAGUUUACAUUAAUAAAGAAGAUGCGUUUCACUUCCACAACACCCUGAAGGAGGCCUGUGACAAACACCACUCUCAGUACUACCCUGACUUUAAGAAAUGGUGUGACAAAUACUUCUACAUCCGACACAGAGGAGAGACUCGAGGUAUUGGAGGAAUCUUCUUUGAUGAUCUGGACUCCCCGUGUCAGGAGGAGGCAUUCAGCUUCGUGAAGAGCUGUGCUCGCACCGUGGUGCCCUGCUACCUGCCCAUCGUAUACAAACACCUCAACGACUCCUUCACUGACGAAGAGAAGGACUGGCAGCAGGUACGACGAGGAAGAUAUGUGGAGUUUAACCUGGUGUACGACAGAGGAGUGAAGUUCGGCCUGGCCACGCCUGGCUCCAGAAUCGAGAGCAUUCUCAUGUCUCUCCCCCUCAGUGCCAGGUGGGAGUACAUGCACGAGCCUGCCAAAGGUACCCUGGAGGCCGAGAUGCUGGAGGCGUUACGAAACCCCAAGGAGUGGGUGUGACCGCAUAUCCCAGGUUUAUACAUCAGGAUGGAUCAAACCCCCAGGGAGCUGUGAUGACGGUGUGAACUGUUUGAUCAGCAGCAGUUCACUCUAUGUUUACUAAAAUCAUAUAUCAAUGAACUCGUCCGAUUAUAUUAAAUCUGCUAUGGUACUUUU